AGCCAAAGACAUCGGCUCUGUCAUGUGAUCAGCUGUGUCCAAUCACAGCUAAUCGCAUGUAAAUAAGGAAAUGCCGGUUAUCGCAAUUUCUCUCCUCAGUAAUCGGCAUUCCUCAGAGGGGACAUGUACACAGAUCAUCAAGGCACUGAUGAUCACCCCAGCAGUGCCUCCUGUCAGUGCCCAUCAAUGCCACCUGCCAGUGCCCAUCAGUGCCACAUCAAUGCCACAUAUUAGUACCUACCAGUGCACAUCAAUGCCAUAUAUCAGUGCCCAUCUGAGCUGCCUUUCAGUGCCAUCUAUCACUUUCAGUCAGUGCCACCUAUCAGUGCCAGUCCAUGCUGCCUAUCAGUGCAAGUCAGUUCCACCCAACAGUGCCAGUCAGUGACACCUAUCAGUGCCAUAUAUGAGUGCUGCCUUUCAUUGCCCAUUAGUGAUGCCUGUCAAUGCCCAUCAGUGCCACCUACCAGUACCUCCUCAUCAGUG